GCAAUCUACAUCGGUCCCACAGUCCUCCUCGGCUGGAUCAUCGCCAUCUGCGGCUGCGAAUUUCGCGUGCACACAUUCCGCGCCCUCGGACGCAUGUUCACGUACGAGCUAAGUAUCACCGAGAAACACCAGCUCGUCACCUGGGGACCAUACUCUGUCGUCCGGCAUCCCAGUUACACCGGAAUGUACGUCAACAUCGCCGGAGCCCUAACUUGCAUGCUCUCUCCCGGAUCGUGGCUACGUCAAUGCGACGUCUCCGAGUCUCCCGUCACGAUGGUAGUUUGGGUUUUAGUCGGGUUGUGGAUCGCCUAUUGGUCAUGGAUGAUACAGGUCUUCGUGAAAAGAGCUAUACAGGAAGAUGCGAUGAUGAGGGAAAACUUCGGAAAGCAAUGGGAUGAAUGGAGCGGCAGGGUCAAGUACAGACUUGUGCCGGGCGUA